GGAGUCUUGACUUCCACUUCCGGUCCAGCCGCAUCCCACCUACAGCGAUCGGGCAGUGACAGUGUCGUUUUUAUUUAUGUUUUUGUGAAAUUAGGACGGUUCUGUCUCAAGAAAAUGAUCUUGCUUGAGAUAAACAACAGGAUAGUUGAAGAGACUCUAGUGUUAAAGUUCAAAAACGCGCUAGCAGGACACAAACCUGAAUCAAUAGACAUCACAGUUGCGGACUUUGAUGGCGUUUUAUUUCACAUUUCCAAUCAGAAGAAUGACAAAACGAAAAUCAUUGUUAGCAUUUCCCUCAAGUUUUACAAAGAACUCCAACAACACGGUGCAGACGAGUUAUUGAAGAGAGAGUAUGGACCUUUACUGACCACCCCAGAGGAUGGCUUUAAUGUAUCAGUGUUAAUUGACCUAGAAAAUGUUCCAUCCAAUUGGGAAGAGGUUGCGAAAAAGGUCGGUCUGCUGAAGAGGCACUGUUUUGCUUCAGUAUUUGAGAAAUAUUUUGACUUCCAAGAGCGAGGCGAGGAAGGCCACAAGAGAGCAGUAAUCAACUACCGCAAUGACGAAACCUUGUAUGUUGAAGCAAAAGCGGAUCGAGUCACCGUCGUCUUUUCGACAAUCUUCAAGGACGAAGACGAUGUCAUUAUUGGCAAAGUUUUCAUGCAGGAGCUCAAGGAAGGGCGUCGAGCUAGCCACACUGCGCCCCAAGUCCUCUUUAGUCAUAGAGAGCCUCCACUAGAACUGCAGAACACCGACGCUCGGGUCGGUGAAAACAUAGGCUACAUCACUUUCGUUCUCUUCCCUCGUCACACUAAUAGAGAAACCAGAGAAAACACCAUCAACUUGAUUCACAUGUUCAGGGACUACCUGCACUACCACAUCAAGUGCUCAAAAGCGUACAUCCACUCGAGAAUGAGGGCCAAGGCGUCUGACUUCCUAAAAGUGCUCAACCGGGCCAGGCCGGAACCAAAGACGGUUGAAAAGAAAACUAUGUCGGGCCGGACCUUCAUAAGGCGAGAAUAAUGAAUGCGUUCAAUAAAUAACUGCAGUGUAAUAAUGGCUCAAGCUCCAGUGCCUGAGUCCCUUGCCCCUCCUCAAUCAAGCACACGACCGAACUCUAUGGUACGGAGGAUCCAAAUUACAUCUUCUUUGUGUCAAAGCCAAGGUAAAAACUGAAACAAACUGACUCGGUUAUACGGAUUUUAACUUCAGUACGCUUCAAAAAGAGAGCCUGCCUCCAGGCCGGGGUUGAUUUUUUAUUAAUUUCCUGAAUUCCAAUGGGCAGGGCUUAGCAAUCAGGUUGUUCAAGCAUUGUUUUGUGAAUACUGUAAUUAAUCUCCCUGUGAUCAUGUAGAAUCCUAGAUGGAGAAAAGAAAACGCAAUAUAUAUGCUUGUGAGUUGUUUGUUGAAUUACGUUUGCGUAGUGGAUGAAUUUUGCGAAAUCACUUUUGAGCCACUACCUCCGGACGUGAGAAAAGUUUGAACUUGAAAGAAAUAACAAAGAGUGAGUGCAAUCCGAAGAACGAAGACCCCCAAGUAGAUCACACAGAAAACAAAGUGAAUCGAGUUUUUAAACGACGAAGGCUUUCAACCACCAUUACUCGUAAUAGCAAGAUUUUGACAGACGUCAUAAGCCAUUCAAUUAAAAGAAAAUCAUAGAGGGAUUUAGGGAAUUAACCUUUGAUGAAAACGAGUGCAUUUUACAAAAAGAAUGUUUUGUGUACAGAAUUUAGUAUGCAAGUGUGAGCGAGAGAAAAAAGUGUAAACUCGGCAAAGGAAGAGUCAUUGGUUUGAUUUUUAACAAAGAAUGCUUUUGUGUAACUGAGGCAAUUUUCCCUAUUUGAAUUAACCAGCAGUGUUGAGAAUGGAAUCUCCAGAAGCUUGAAAAAUAUCCCAUUUUUUAGCAAAUAACUUUUUUAUAAGUGAAAUAAUUUACUGCACAAAUUAUCGAGAAGUCUCUUGCAUCAUCAGCAAUCAUUUUACAAUGAUUAUUAUUUUGGGCAUUCUGCUCUUGCCGUCGGCAGAAAAGAUUAUUUUUAUUUAGCUUCCUGUGUCUUGUGCUACAACGUUUUGAUACGUAAAAUAAAUACACAUUCUGUCACAAUCUAGUCUUCGUGCGUAGCCAGCCGCAUUUCGGAUCCUCUGGAGCGUCGUCCAUUCUCCCUUUUUUACGGAAAAAAUUAUUGUAUUCAUUAUCGCUGCUCGCUCUCUUCACAUUCCCAAACUGCGUAUAAAUGUGUAAAUUCAACAUGCUGAUGAUCUCUUCCAAUCAGACGAGAGAACUACUAAUGAAUUAAAAAGUAAUUUAAUAACCCACAACAAACACUGAGCCCCACGCAAGAGGAUGCUACAUUAACUGAUUUCUAUUGUAUUACUAUUGCUAUAACUACUGUCCAAUUUUAAAAAGAAGCUUCUCGGUUACAAUUAUUAUGCUUGUUAAUGUUGUUGAUUCCUGCUCUUGAUCCGAGGUCAAAAAUGUGCCCAGAGCCCUCGGGCUGACGAAAACGUCAGUCCACAAUACGGGGGCGUCUCCCGGGGGCUCUGGUCAAGAUUUGCAGCGCCUCGUACGCGCCGGAAUAUAAGAAAAAUUAAAGACAGGAGGAAUUUCUAUAAAUUAUGUUUUUUAUAUAAUACAAUUAAAAUUUAAUUAAACACAA